AUGCAGCACGUGUUGUUGUUCUUUGCUGACAAGGAUGCUGACAUCACUAAAUCGUCUGCCGAAUACCAAGCAACAACUUUCAUUGUCAAUGUGAUGGAUGAACAGUGGUUGCAGGAUAUAAUAGACUUUGUUGUCAAGGAUUCUGGCCGCAUUUAUUACGUAGUCAAGGAACAGGAGUGCACCAUUAAUGCCCGGGGUAUGAUGCUCUGCUGCCUGGCUGAGGCUGCCGUCAUGGGCAAGCAAUCCCCCAGCUGCACUGGCACCAGGGAUAUUGAUCGCGGUGCGAUUAUCAAUAUUACCUCUUCGGACUCCUUUGCUGGAGUUCCUGUAAAGGCAACUCACAAUAUUCCAAAGCACGCUUGUUUGGCGGUUACCAAAACGACAGGCACAUUAGAUAGAACAGAAGUUGAUUAA